UUUUUUUUUUUUUAGGCUUUCAAACUAAGGAGGAAAUAUGAAAGUUGUGUGUAUGAAUGGCCCUGUUUAAGCAUUGCCAAGAACAGCAGGGGAGACGGAGGAAUACUGUUUCAGCACACGGCCUAUAUUUAACUUGGCAAAGGGGAUUUUGAUCUUAAAGUUACACGACUCCAGCUACAAUUCAUUAGUAAAGAUUGAUGUCCACGUCAUGUAUGUUUGCCCACAUUGCCAUUGGGAUUUUGUAAGAAUGUAGUUUGUGCACUGAAAACUUUGCAUCUGACUCGAGACCCAAUGAGAUUGAGCGCCUUCUCCCUGCAUGUACUCCCUGCCCUCCCCUCUUUUCAUUCCCCACUUAGUCUAUUUUUGGCCUGGGCUGAGUCAGAUGGACCCCUCCCAACAUAGAAUGACACAAACGGAACAGAACAACGCUCUACGACUCAAAAGCGGAUGCAUCGAGAACACCCUAAAAAAUACACUGAGUACGAGUAAUGAUGGAGGAAUGUGAGAGUUUGGACUCUGAGAUGACCGAGCUGACAGAGUUCCAGUGUGAGGCUUCAGAUGUCAUCAACCAGGACGAUGAGGACGAAGUGGAGGAAUUGCAAAACAGUCUACGUGAGGUUGUCCAGGACCAGUCUGUGAAGCCCAAACUCCAGUGCCUGAUGGUGGAUCCGUCAUUCUCCAUGGUGACUGUCCAGAGCGAGGACAGUGGUAUCGUUUGGGAGACAGCCUCCAGUCGCUGCUCUACUCCCUGGGCCUCUGAGACCAGCUCUCUCUCUGAAGCAUGCAGCAUGGAAGGCUCUGGAGCUGCAGGGAAAAUCACCAUCAUCUUUGAGGAGGACAAAAUAGUCCGUCGCAGAACAAGGUCGGGAAGGAACAGCAGGUUGAAGGACAGGGUUAGCAGAUCUGGCAGUUCAAGAUCAACCUCAGCACUGGGAGUGGAGAGACCCGAGAUGGCAGAGGUGUCUCUUCCUAAUGAGAAGCAGAAAGGAGCAGAGACAGAUUUUGAGGGGAACAAAAACAAAGAUCAGCAGUUAUUUAGUUUGAUUUCAGAGGGAUAUGAGAUUCUUAACAUCAGAGUCCCAUCCAAACUUCCUACAGUGGAUGAAGAGGAAAGCACAGAACUACAAGACAACCUGUCUUAUCUGGACCAGACUCCCAAAAUCCGAUCUCGAAAUCAGCUCAACGAAAUCUCGCAGAACCAUGGUCUGCCUCAGGAGGUGAAAAUACUGGAAUGCAAUGAGCCUUCAAAGGAAGAUACUGGGCAUUCAGCGGAGGAUGGGCUGAGACACAUUUCCCCUCCAGAAAAUGGCUCCAAAGACAUUGACUACUUUGAGAAGUUUACACUGCUGGAUGAGGUGGUUCCUGGACAAAAAGCUCCAGACCUUCAGCAGGAGGUGGAAGAUCCUGUGAGGGAAUGCAAAGUGGAGCCAAUGCCUGCAAAGGUAGUCAAAGACGGCACGUCAGACUCGUUUGUGUUUGUGACAGAAGCGGAGAUAGUUGGGGAACACCUGGAUGAGGUCUUCUACGGAGAGGGAGCUCCUGCUAAUGAAAUGCAGCAAAGAGCCGAUGAAGGGGAAGAAGGUUCAAAAGUGAGAAGAGAGAGCCAGAGAUCCAUGAAGGAGAGCGGCUCAGUGUUGUUUGGAAGUGAAGAAACAACCCUCACCCCUAUUUACAUCUCCGCUGGACCCCCUAAGAUCAUCGACCCCAUCCUGCUGGAAGAACCCACCGCCAUGUCCUUCUUGUACUCUGACCUUUAUGAGGAUGCUGUAGGCGAGAGGAGAAAGAGCGACGAGGAAUACUCCGAGAUAGAGAGUGUGACGUCUGAAAAAUCAUUCAAGAAAUGCUUGUCUGAUUCAGAGGAGGCAGACGGAUACCUGGAAAAGUUCAUUUUGAAAGAUGACACCCCCACAGUAGACCUUCCAGUUGACUUAGUGCAGGACAAAAGGGACAGGAGGAUGAUGUGGUCACAGAGUAAGUUUGAAAUGACGGGCUGUCUAAUGAGAGCUAUGGAAGAGGAGGAAGACGCGGCCAAGACAGAGGACACAACACAAGCAGUCAACACUGCAUCAGUUAAAGAUUCAGGAGCAUUAAAGUCUGAAGAGCAAGUACCAGAUAUGGCAAGCGAAGGAGUAUGCCUCUAUGAGGAAAGGGAAGAGCGUCUUGUUUCUGUAGAUUCAAUUCACGAGGAUAGGACGAAGGCGGAAGGUGUGCAAGCUCAAGAUGGAAUUCCUGAGGGCUUCACUGACACACCUUUAUACUUUAAGAGCUUAGGAGUAGAGACACCAGAGGAGCACCAGCAAGCCAGUGAUCAAAGUAUAAGUGAAACCCAAGAUCUGUCUCAAACACAUGCAGUGCAGGAAAAGGAACAUGAGAUGCCACCUACAGUUGCUGAGGGUCUUCAAACUCUCGACAAGCUUCAACAGGAAGACACAGUAGGGGAAAUCAGUCAGAAGGCAGCAGCUGAGACGGAGAUAGUGGUAUCUGUUCAUAAGGACAGCCAAGAUGAGAUCCUAGCAGAAGACGCAAUGAGAAAAAUGGAGACUUCAGAACUUUCCAUUGAAAUGGAGACACUAGAAGAGAAAACAACAUAUCAGAAAGAGGAGAUUGAUCCUGGGGAAGCUGCGAUUGAGGUCUCUACUGACUGUGAGCCUUGGGUGCAUGCAUUCGUCAAGGUAACCGAGAAGACAGCUGAUGAAAUGGUGCCCCAGACUGAGGUUCGGAUUGAUCUUCAGGAUGUAACAACCAUUCCUCAAGGUGAAACAAGAGUGGAUGUGUUGCCACAGAAUGUUGCAGUUGACGAGUUGGCCUGUUUUGUGCCUGAUCAGGGGUUGGAUGUCAAAACCAAAGUAAAAGAAAAAGCAACUGAAUCAGGUGAGACACAGCAGGAGAUGAUUGAACAUAAGGAUGAGGCACCUUCAAAAGACAGCAAGGCUGACACUCAGAGGACUGAAAUAAACGACCACUUGAUUGUCCUUGUCCCUAAAGGCCAAGCUGUAGAGAUGGACAUAAACAUGAGUCCUUGCUCACAGAGGAUUCCAAAAAGUGAUUCUCUGACUCUUCCUGAUCUGGACACGAAAUAUGAACAUGUCACUACAUCUGAUCAUGACACCGUGGAAACAAUAUCAUUGCCUCAGCCGAAAGAACCAGUUGGACAGUUGGAAACAUUGAACGAGACGUCCACACCUACACCUUCAGUAGGAAAAGCAGAGUUGGAAGACCUGAUGGCCGAGAGGAACAAAGAUGAAGGCGGUUUUUCCCCUCUGAGGAGCUUUACCCCACAGGAGGAUUUAUCUCUGCCGCAUCAGAAGGACCUCCAACCAGAUGCUGCAGAUGUAGAAGAAAAGGUAGAAGUUGCCCCAGAAGAGAUUAUGAAAACGUACACAGAUCUCGAGAUCGGUUCUUCCAGAGAGGAAGGGGGAGAAAGGGAAGCUCAAAAUGAGACACCUGAAGCCGUUCCAGAGGUUACAGGUGAUGAUUAUGAGAUGAUAACUGAAGAGGACACCAGAGAGCUAGCAGAACCUCAAUUAUGGAGAGAUGUAGAGGAACCAGUGCCAGUGUCGGUUCAGGAGGUCGAGGUGGCCAAAGAGAAGAGGGAUGUGGACGUGUUUGGAGAUGAAGAUCUCAUUGAGGCUGAUUAUGACAUCAUUGAUGCCGAGGAGCACCGUCAGGCCCGAUUGGCUGCUGAGCUUCAGGGGAUGGAUUGGUUCUGUCUCACCUGUCAGUGUUUGCUGUCUCAGGAUGCCUGUGACUCCGGGGACCAUGAUGGCCACGAGGUGACUGCAGUGGACAAAGCCUUUGAGGACAUCAGGGAGCGACUGAGUGACUGGAUCUCUGAGCUGCAGGAGAGGUCUGAGAACAUCGAGGACCUGGUGUCUGAGCUGGAGUUGGCCUACCACUCUGUGGAGGACCAGUGCGUUGAGAGCGAGGCCGCCAUGCAGGCGCAAAACGACGAGGCGAUGGCCUUGGUGAUGGAGCGCUACAACGAAAUGUCUGUCAACAUGGAGGAGGAGAAAAAGGCCAAGCUGGAGCAGCUCUACGACCAGAUCGUCUCCUUCCGGGAGAGCAUCGACUCGGCCAAGGCUACCCUGGAGACCACGGCCAGAGAGGCUGACGCGGACGCUCGGACCCCUGAGGACAUUCAUGCAAGGCUCAAGGCAGCUCUGGAGUCGACCAUGUCACUAGAGUUGGGCUCCAAGGGGUUGCUGGUGUUUGAGGAUUACGCCAAAGGCAACGCCUCCGGCUCACAGCUCGCGCAACGAAAGGGAAUUGCAGUCCCUCAGAGGCCCACGCUGGAGCCCCAGGAGGCGGGAUCGGCUGCCAGCUCCAGCGUCGCCGUUUACUGGAGGGUCAACCCUGGGGACGUCAUUGACUGCUUUCAGGUCUAUUGCAUGGAGGAGCCGCAGGGAGCCGUGUCCGAGGAAUACCGCGUGACCGUCAAGGAGAGUUAUUGCGUCCUGGAGGAGCUGGAGCCUGAUAAGUCUUACAAAGUUUGGGUGAUGGCUGUCAACUACACAGGCUGCUCCCUGCCCAGCGAGAGGCUCGUCUUCACCACUGCUCCGUCAGUGCCGGUAAUUGAUAGCGAACGGUGCACUGUCACGUGGGACUCGGCCAAGCUGAGGUGGAGCCCAGCAAAAUGGAGUCCUGGACAGAGUUUCAUCUUGGAGUAUUGUCGCCAGUACGAGCUGGAGGGAGACGGGCUUAGAUCCAUCGCUGGCAUAAAAAACUGUGAACACGGGGUUCGGCUGCAGCCCAAUGAGAAUUAUCUGUUUUACAUCAAAGCUGUGAAUGAAGCUGGAGUUAGCGAACAAAGCGAGGCUGCUCUCAUUUCAACCAAAGGAACAAGGUUUCAUUUGCUGAAUGCUUCAGCUCAUCCUGCUCUGGAGCUGUCAGAAGACCAAACCGCUGUUUACCUGUCCCAAGAUGCUCAUGAGCACAUAUCAUCUACAGAAAAACAGCCUCCAUCCGUCCUAGGUGAGUUAUUACCAGCGAGGGGUCACCAUUAUUGGGAGACCAUCGUGUCAGGAUGUGCAGCAUACAGGCUUGGAGUCACGUACAGCUCAGCGCCAAGAAAGUGCCCACUGGGGGAAAACAAGCUUUCGUGGUGUUUCCAGUGCAUCCCGUCACCAUCUGGUUGCAGCUAUCAGCUGCUCCACGGUGCCACUCAGUCCUGCGUCUUUGUGAUGGAGUCGCCCGAGCGGGUGGGCACGCUCCUCGACUACCGGCAGGGGCGUCUGUGUUUCUACAAUGCGCAAACGGGUCAGUUGUUGGGGUCUUUCAGGCACGACUUCGCCAGGCCGUGCCACCCUGUCCUGACCCCGGAGGUGCCGGGCCGACUGGCCGUCUUCAUGGUGACGGAGGUGCCGGAGUUCGCGGACAUACUCCACGGUUAUUAGAGUUCAUGUCAGGAAGUUGUUGGUGUAAACUUAGCAUGAUGAAGCUCGCCGUCAUACAAAACCAUAUUGUAAAGUCCAAUUGCUGUGCACUCACAUGGCGUGAUUGAAUAGAUCCUUUUUGUAACAAUGUUAUAAACUUGUAAAUAUCAAAUAUAUUGAUGACACAAAUCAUUAUUUAGGAUAUGAAAUGCAACUGAACUGACAUGAAGGGCCUUUGAGUGAUUUCUUCACGUUGUCUUGUUUGUAAAUUGUAGGCGGCAUAUCAGUUUUGUACUGUUUUGUAAUUGUUCCGUUUUGCUACACCUACAUAACAAAACCUAGCAUCUGGUGUUUAAAAAAAAAAAGACUCUUCAACCUAAAAUAUAGAUUAAUCUUUCAAUGAAUUAUACUGCAGCACUUUUGUUUCCUAUUGUCAAUACACCUGUUUUUUUUUUGUAUAAUUAUUUUUGUUAACAGUGCGAUCAGUUGUGUUUUUAUUUCUAUGUUGUUUCCAUUUUUAUUUAUUUCUUGAUUGGAGACGGAUAUUGUUGAGAUGAAGGAACAUGAUUCUUUUUCUAUUUGCUCAACCGGAAUGUUUUGAUUCAGUCCACAACAACUUUCAUCACUAGCUGGCCUCAGUGUUGACUGGAAUUUUAGUGCCUAUUAACGUAAGAUUAUUUCUGCUUUGUUACAUGCUGAAGACAUAUUUACAAACUGUAUUAUAUCUGAGUAGUACAGCAUCAAAAUAUCGUGGCUGAUGCAACAGGUUUAAAGUCCCAGCACAGGCAAUUUGGAUAAAUGUAGUUGACCAUUAACAUUUAACACAGUUGUAAUUGGAAGAAGAAAAAAAAAAUGUUUGUUUUGGGUUGUGGUUUGUUCACACACUCCCUAAGUAGGCAGCCAAGACUCAGCAGGAGUCUCUUUCUCAUGUCAACAAUAACUGGGACACUAUCUGAUGUCGGCCUGGCAUUGUUUUCUCUCAAUUAGUCUUUUUUCUUUCUUUCUUUUCUCUCUAUAGCCAAAGGCCAUCUACAAACAAAGAGUGUUCUAUGCUCCAAACAAGUAAACAGACUAUCAGAAAGGCAUGACCAGCCAUGCUGUAAACUGGCCAACCACUGUGAGCAGGCAAGCUGCAGUGGCUUAGUUGAAAAGACUGAAAGCAGACAGUUUGCCAUAUAAUAACGGAUGUGAUUAAAUCUAACUUAAAAUAACAACACGUCAUUGUUAUUGUAUUUUAUUCAUAUUUCAUUUGAAGAGUUGUUACCUUCCAUUCAAAGUGCAUUAACAGUAGCUGCAGAUGUCGUUAGGGACCACAAAUGAAGAUAUAAUGAAGAAGCGAAGGCACACAAAGCAAAGCAUAUACCAGUAGUUGUCCUCACAAGUCUGCACACAGGAAAUAAAUAAGUUCUUUCAAUAUAUGUUGCAUUGAAAGGAAUGCAUCAGUGGUGAUUAGUAUAUUUCGUAGCGUCUAAAACACUCGUUUAAAAUAAAACAUAAAAAAAAAAAGGAAAUACAAGGGAGGAAAAACAAUUCAAAAACAACCAACAAAAAACAUUUCAAGAUUGGGUAAAACAAGUGAUAGUUACAUAAUGCAGGAACAGCUAACAAUAACGACUGGCAUUAAAACACAUAGCAGAGUGUUUAGCACUGCUGCUUCACAGCAAGAAGGUCCCGGGUUCGAUUCCAGCAUGGCCACUCUUAACAGCCUUCAAUGAAGACACAGGUUUUAGAUCAUGAGGAGAUACUAGGAAAAUUCAGCACGUAUUACUAUUACAUUAAAUCGCCACAGCACCUCAUUCCCAACCAUGUUACAGUGAUAAACUGAACCAGUAUAUCGAGCAAACUGCAUU